AUGCUUGGUCUCAUCCCGCUUCUCUUUACGGCGCUCGCCAGUGCAUACCCUAAUCGGGGUCCUUGCACUGGCAACUGCUGGGCACAUGAUCCUGCUAUGAUCCAGCGUGUGUCUGAUGGUAAAUAUUUCCGCUUCUCGACGGGCACUGGUAUUCCCACACAUAGCUCGCCAUCGGUGAAGGGUCCAUGGGAGGACAUUGGCUCAGCGCUGCCAGAUGGAACUAAGAUCCACCUCGAUAACGUGGACAGCACAAACAUUUGGGCUCCCGAUGUUCACUACCAGAACGACCAGUACUACAUGUACUACACUCUAUCACAGAUCGGCACCCGGAACUCACAGAUCGGUGUUGCAACCUCCAAGAACAUGGAGCCCGGUAGCUGGACAGACCACGGCGCUAUCGGUCUUCCUGCUAAUGACAACUAUAACCGCAUCGACCCCGCCUGGAUCAGCAUUGGUAACAAGAACUACAUGAACUUCGGCUCUUUCUGGGGCGACAUCUUCCAGGUUGAGAUGGAAUCUCCCUUGAAGGUCGGCGGUGCAACUCCCUACCAAAUCUCAUGGAACUCUACUCUCAACCACCGCGAGGAGGGUUCUUACGAGUUCAAGCACGGCGAUUACUACUACCUCCUCUACUCUGCCGGUAUCGCGGGCAAGUACACGAAGACAUUCCCUGCCGAGGGUGCCGAGUACCACAUUCGCGUUUGCCGAUCCAAGACCGGUCUGAAUGGCUUUGUUGAUGCCGACGGAAAGUCCUGCAAGGAGACCGGUGGUACUAUGCUUCUCUCCAGCCACGGCCAGGUCUUCGGACCCGGUGGCCCUGGUGUUGUUCACGAUAAGGAUCUUGGUGUGGUGAUGUACUACCACUAUUACCCGCUCGAUAUCAAGAAGAGCAUCACCGAGCCCAACAACGCCAACUAUCGGUACGGAUGGAACCAGCUGGGCUGGAAGGACGGCUGGCCCUUCGUCAAGGCCACUUAA